AUCCUGCUUCCUCAGGCGGCGGGCGGCGGGGCUGCAAGCUCCGGCAGCGGCGGUGGCAGCAGCGGCGGCAGCAGCGGCGGCUUCCGGAGUCCCGCCGCGAAGAUGCUCAAAGUCACGGUGCCCUCCUGCUCCUCCUCGUCCUGCUCUUCGGUCACCUCCAGUGUGGCCCCCGGGGCUGGGAGCGUCGUCUUGGAUUACUGGAUCGACGGUUCCAACAGGGAUGCUCUGAGCAAUUUCUUCGAGGUGGAGUCGGAGCUGGGACGGGGUGCUACAUCCAUUGUGUACAGAUGCAAACAGAAGGGGACCCAGAAGCCUUAUGCUCUCAAAGUGUUAAAGAAAACAGUGGACAAAAAAAUCGUAAGAACUGAGAUAGGAGUUCUUCUUCGCCUCUCACAUCCAAACAUUAUAAAACUUAAAGAAAUAUUUGAAACUCCUGCAGAAAUCAGUCUGGUCCUAGAACUCGUCACAGGAGGAGAACUAUUUGACAGGAUUGUGGAAAAGGGAUAUUAUAGUGAGCGAGACGCUGCAAAUGCCGUCAAACAGAUCCUGGAGGCAGUCGCUUACCUACAUGAAAAUGGGAUUGUACAUCGUGAUCUCAAACCAGAAAAUCUUCUCUAUGCAACACCAGCCCCAGAUGCACCACUCAAAAUCGCUGAUUUUGGACUCUCUAAAAUUGUGGAACAUCAAGUGCUCAUGAAGACAGUAUGUGGAACCCCAGGGUACUGCGCACCUGAAAUUCUUAGAGGCUGUGCCUAUGGACCAGAGGUGGACAUGUGGUCUGUAGGAAUAAUUACCUACAUCUUACUUUGUGGAUUUGAACCAUUCUAUGAUGAAAGAGGCGAUCAGUUCAUGUUCAGGAGAAUUCUGAAUUGUGAAUAUUACUUUAUCUCCCCCUGGUGGGAUGAAGUAUCUCUAAAUGCCAAGGACUUGGUCAGAAAAUUAAUUGUUUUGGAUCCUAAAAAACGGCUGACUACCUUUCAAGCUCUCCAGCACCCUUGGGUAACAGGUAAAGCAGCCAAUUUUGUACACAUGGAUACGGCUCAAAAGAAGCUCCAGGAGUUCAAUGCUCGACGCAAACUUAAGGCAGCCGUGAAGGCUGUGGUGGCUUCUUCACGCUUGGGAAGUGCCAGCAGCAGCCAUGGCAACAUCCAGGAGAGCCAGAAGACUAGCCAAGAACCUUCUCCCAUCCAAAGCAGCAGCGAGAACAUCAAAGCGAUGCCAGAAGUAGAGAACACCCAAGGAGAUGGGCCCCAAGUGGCCGUGGAGGGUGAAGAGGCUGAGUUGAUGAAGGUGCAGUCCUUAGAGGAGGUGAAAGAUGAAGAUAUAAAUGCUGAGGAAGUCCCCAUGAUGGAGCCCGAUGCUCUGGAGGACGAGAUAAAGAUUGCUGACCCAGAAAUGGAGGAGAGCCCAGUGGAAGAGAAACUGAAGACUGUGGAGGAAGCAGCAGACCCCAGAGAAGGGCAGGAGAACCCUGCCGUGGGACUUGGAGUUCCACAACAAGAUGUGAUCUUGCCAGAGUACUAAGUUGACUUCCUUUAGAUCCGGAAGUCAAACUCUGGCAUUUUAUGUGCUUUGUCCUUCAGCAAGGAAGGGUGUGGAAGCAUGAUAUGCACUAAUAGUGAUUCUGUUUUUGAGGUGCAAAAAAAAAAAUACAUAUAUACAAGUUGGUAAUCCUAACUUCAAUGCAUGUGACUGCUUUAUGAAAAUAAUAGUGUUUUCUAUGGCAUGUAAUGGAUACCUAGUACCGAUGAGUUAAAUUUGAAAUUGCAAGUAAACACAACCCUUAAAAACACCCAUUUUCAGCAACCAGUGGCAGACAUUUUAAGUAAAAUAGUACAAAUUAAUUUUCCUUUGAAAACCUAGCCAUCCUACAUCCUUUGGGUUUCUUCACAAGGCAGUAAUUCCUUUGAACUGCUUCUCAGAUAAUACUAGGAGAUGCUAUAAAAUAUAUUUCCAUGGCCUACCCAAUAUUUUUCAGCAUUAAUGUGUUCAAAACUGUUUACAAGGAAAUGGAUAUAUAAGUGAUAGUCAUACAGAAUGUGCAAAAAGUUCCAUUUACAAUGGUAAGAAAUUGAAGCAUACUUAUAAGGGCCAUGAAUUCAUAUGCCCCUAAA